AGGUCGCCAUCGCGACUUCGCACCUUUGUGCGGGGCAACUUGCUCGACGCGAGGCUCUCCUUUGUUUUCAGUCGUUGCAGUGGAAGACAGUUUCGAUAUUAGUUGACAGGAAGAUGGCAGUCAGUCAGGAUUUUUCCCAGCUCACCUUGAACCUUCUGAAGGUGAAGUGUGGAGAGUAUGGUCUCAAGAAGUCGGGAAAGAAAGCCGAUCUAGUUGCGAGACUUGCUCAGCAUUUCUCUGAAGGCGACGGUGAUGGCAAGGAAGGGCCACCUCCGCCAGCUGCAGCGCUUGCUGUUAUUCCCCACGACCCUCUGGAUUUUCCUGUUACUGGGUGGCAGCCGAUUAAAUCUGCGAGUGGAAGGCUACUCUCCCUGUCGUUCUCCAUGCAAACUAUGGUUUCUUAUUUCGUGGACACUAUGACCAGCGAUGGACCUGCCAAGAAUUUCAAAGCGCUUGCUGCCACUGAUAGCAAGUCAAUUCGUCUGUAUCGAGCAGGUUAUGUCCAGAAAAUCGAACUGAUGAAGGCCCACAGCCGUGUGUACUACCGUGCCCGCUGUCAGCCUGAAAUGAAGACCAAAGCUGACUACAAACUUCGGCUCGUUGCUCAGUGUGACUCAGGAUCUGCCACCAGUGUUGUUGGUGCUCAGUGCACUUGUCCUGCUGGCAAGGGUGUUACUGCCAGUUGCAAGCAUAUAGCUGCACUGAUGUAUGGCUUGUCCGAGUUCACUCUGCUUGGGUUUAGUGACGCUCCGACGUGCACGGACAUGCUGCAAAAGUGGAACCAGCCUCCUGCAGGUGCAGGUAAAAAGAGUGAGCCCAUGCUGGUUCAAGACAUGGAGUGGCGUAGAGGUGGCAGUACCACUGACAAAUCUGCGCCAAAGAAACGUAAGCAUUCUGCUGCAGAAGUACUUGACCCUCGUGCUGUUGCAAAGCGGAUGGACUUUGCCCGGCGUGUGGAGGAAUACGCCAACUCAACCAUUCACUCCAACUCCAUCCACCUAGCAUUGCCUCUUGUUGCUGGUAGCUCAGGAUUUGCUGCUAAGCAGAAGGAGGACAGGUUGCACAGAGCCCAAGCGCAGAAAAAGGAGAGACUGGCUAGGGCAGGGGAACAGAAGGACAAGUGGCAGGUUGAGCACAGCAGAUCAGGUGAUGUGACACCUGUGCCAUCUGACUGCGAGUGGCUAACUGAGGACAAGCAGAUGCUGUGGUACGAGUCCAAUGUCAUACUUACUUGUGAAGAAGCCAAUGCCCUGCAAGAAGCCACUGCAUCCCAAACAACAAGUGAACUCUGGAGGAAUGAACGAAAGAAGCGUAUUACAGCUUCCAUUGCCCAUACUGUAGCUCAUCGACGACCUCAGACUGACCCGUCAUCCCUCAUAAAAACUAUCAUUGAUCGGCCGGCGUUCACCACUCCUGCAACCAGAUGGGGGAUUGAUCAUGAAGAAGAGGCACGAUGUGCCUACGUAGCCCACCAAGCCAAGUCUGGCAAGCUGAUAGAUGUUGUUGCAUGUGGCUUAUUUGUGCAUGCUGAUGAAUUCUGGUUUGGUGCCAGUCCCGAUGGCAUUGUUAGGGAUGGUGAUACAUCACUUUUGCUCGAGAUUAAAUGCCCGUUUGUUGCUAGAGACCAAAGUCUAGCAGAGCUUUUUCUGUUCUGCCCUGUUCUGUAG